AUGAUCAUCAAAGAACCUGUAGAUAGCUCUUAUGGGAAUUCAAAAUCAGUAGAACCCCAAGUAUCGGCAUCUGUUCUAUGUUUACGGCGAGUAAAACAAUCUUUUGAAAUUCUGUUUGUGCAGCGACCAAAAACAUCACGAGUGGCACCAGAGUAUUAUGUUUUUCCUGGCGGUAAGAUAGACCCCGAAGAUGCUUCAGAUAGCGCUUUGAGUCGUCUUUCUAAUACCUCUCCGACAUGUUGUUCAACAGAUGUAACUUAUCCUAUUGCUCUUGCAGCAUGCCGCGAGUUAUAUGAAGAGGUUGGCAUUUUAGUUACGCAGGAUGAGACAGAAUCCGUUGACAGCUUAGCAACAAUGAUCUCUUUAGAAACUUUUUAUACAGAUCUUAUCAAAGCGCAGAUCAAGUUAGACAUCAGCAAACUACAUUAUUGGCUUCGCUGGAUUACACCAAAACCAAUGCCAGUUCGGUUUGAUACCUAUUUCUUUGUACUCCAAGUACCUGAACAACUUCAAGUUUUUCCCCAUCCAGAUGAAAUUGAAAAUAUCUGUUGGAUGCACCCUCAAGAAGCAUUAAUGGCUUAUACUGAAGGCCAAAUGCCGAUGCUAUUUCCGACGGUACGUAACUUGGAACAGUUGGCAUCUUUAGAAUGUAUAGAUGACGUAAUCACAUUUGUGAGAGAAUUUCCUAAACUAACAAUAGAACCCACGCUAUAUCGAGAUAAAACUGGAGAACUUGAGUUAGAAAUGCCUACCAAUUGGCCUAUCUGUUAA